GCCAAACACCGCUCUUCACGGGACGACUCGGACUCCCUGAGUACUUGAUUCACUACUUCUACUGACCUCAGGAUGGAGAGGGAGGUCCAACAGCUUGUCGAAAUGGGCGCGACGGUCGCGCAGGCGCGUGCUGCUCUGAAGCAGCAUAAGGACGUUAUGGAAGCCGCCGAACAUAUAUUUGAUGGAAGCUUUGACCAUGUGGUGGACGAUGAUGGAGAUGUUGAGAUGACACCGUCAGAGCGGCUUGCACCCAAGCCCCGGAUGAUUACCCCUGCAGAGGAUAACGACGACGACGAAGCUGAAGAGGACGAUGGGGGUGAUGAAGAUGGUGACGACGAUGAGUACAUAGACUACGAUGAUUAUGACUUCGAGGACAACCCCACAACCUCAAAUAAUGCUGCGGUAGAUCCCUAUGCAGGCAUCUUCUUCUCCAAGGAUCGACGCGAAGAAGUGAUCGAAGUGGAGGAGGAGCCAGAAUUUGUUACAAUACCCGGCAUCAAAGAGAAAGUCCCACUGUUGACUCAGGGUCAGUGGAUGAAGGGCUGUCCCGAAGGAGGGGAGCAAAGUUUCUUGUUCGGUCUCUACCAGCAGUUGAGCGAGGGAGAGUGUCCAUGUCCGCAUGGAUGCGGCGCCACCAUUCAAAGAAAGAAAAGCGAUUUCUAUGCACUCUUCCCAACGUUUGCCGAGUACAUCAAACAUUUGGAAUCCAUUGCACCCCGAACUUGCGCUCGAUGCUCGAGGACAUUCUGUUUUGCGUGUGGGGAGUCCAGCAACCCGACAAGCCUUAAAAGGCUUCUCGGUUCUCUCGAAGUCGAUUGCACGCUGUUCCACUGCUCUAACCUGCAAGGUGCUGUCCUCGGUGUGGGCUUGGCGAUGCUCGAGAAAUCGUUCUUGGACGAUACUCAAGAUCCAAGCGCGUCGAAGGUCAACGAUCGCUCAUCGCGGAAGCGGCGGAAGGUCGACGCUCCUGCGCCGCCUCCGGCUAUGCUCCCUGAUAUGCACAACGAUGAUGACGAUGACGACGACGUGUACUACCCCAUCGUCAUACAGGGCAAGAAGGCGAAGCUUGGUACAGGCUACGCCGGAGAUGCCAGAGAAGAUAUGUCGGGACACCUAGAGGCGAUGAACGCGCAAAAAGCUAAGGAUCAGAAGUUGUCUACGCUAUUAUCAGAUAUCCGCACGUUCCUCCCUUCGGUGAACAGAGAAAGCAACAUCCAUUUUGACAGCGACUUCCUACCCCAUCCGGCCACACUUGCGCACCUCCGUCGACGGUUCAAUUUCGUCAGCAGUCAGCUCUUGCGUAAUGACUCCCUCACAGACAUGUCUGACCGCUCCAUUCUCUACUUCGAGCUCUUCUUGUGGCUAGAGACAAUAUCUAGACACGAGGCCCUUGCGAGCAUGAUGGCUAUGCCCAUCAUGGUAGUCACGUCAGUAAAGACUGUUGCUGCAAAGAAAUCGUCGCCUAAGGGUACUCCCCGGAUUCGCGAGCGUACCAUCAUUUACGAAGGCAGCGCGGGUCCGCGUGAACUCCUGGAAGCUAUCGUCAUCCAGGCGCAGGCUGCUCUUAAGGGUCUGGAGGGUAUGAAGGCCGCGGAACCGGAGACGCAGGAGAUGUCGGAGGAGCAGAAACGAAUGACAGCUGAUGAGAAGGGCAAAGGCAAGGACGACGGCGCGGUCGUCUCCGAAGAGAACAAGAAACUCCUUGAUUUUUGUCUGCGUAUAGUCAACACCGCAAAGGCGAUUGACCGCUCGCUUGUCGAGACCAAGGGCAAGGCCUUCGUCGAGCGACUGCACGCCGGACUGCCGAAGAUUCCCGCGACGUCGAGUUUGCAGACCGACGUUGCGCCUAUCGAUGCGGGAGAAACGGAGGAGAGCGCGAUGGAGGCAUAUGUCAAGUGGGCGAACCGCGUACGGUUCGAGUACUGCGACUUGACGGUCCCGACACCAGAAAAUGCACCGGAAAACGAGCAAGACCAAACGCCGAGCUACAAAUUCUAUUUCAACAAUGAGGCACGCAUGCUUGCCAACUCUGACAUCCCGAAGAGGUCUUUGGCCAUCGCGAAGGAGCUUGCGGUUCUGACUACAAACUUGCCUGUCGCUUGGAACUCGUCCGUCUUCCUCCGGGUAGACGAGACUCGGGUCGAUAUCAUUAAAGCCCUUAUCACCGGUCCCGAAGGCACUCCUUACUACAACGGCUGCUUCUUGUUCGAUGUCUUCCUUGGUCCGAAUUACAACCAGUCCCCACCAAGCGUCAAGUACAUGACGACAAACGGUGGCAAGUAUCGUUUCAACCCCAAUUUGUAUGCGGAUGGGAAAGUGUGCUUGUCGUUGCUCGGUACAUGGUCAGGGCCCGGUUGGAUCGCCGGGAAGUCGACAUUGUUGCAGGUACUCAUAUCGAUCCAAUCGAUGAUCUUAUGUGAAGAGCCAUACCUCAAUGAGCCAGGUUGGGCGAACAGCGGCGGAACACCGAAGUCGUUAGCAUAUUCGGCAAACAUCCGGCGCAUGGUGGUCAAGACAGCGGCACGUCCUUCCGCUUCCAUCCGCCCGUACCACGGUACUGACUUACUCAUUCAGAUGCUCGGUAAUCUGAAGGCACCACCAGAACCUUGGGCAGACGUGAUCCGUACGCACUUCCGCCUUAAAGCCAGAUCUGUCAUGGCGCAGCUCGACAAGUGGCUCGCGGACGACGAUGGCAACGCGACGGUUGGCGAUGGGGCAUACACCCAGAAGGCCGUCGCGUCCGGCAGCUCCAAUGGUUUUGCGGAAGAUGUUGCGGAACUGAAGAGUCUGCUCAAGAAGCUUCAGGCGGGGGAGGACCUAUCAUGA